CGUUAUUGUUGUUGUCAGAGGUGCUAAUAUUAGCUUAGAAAAUCCUUUAAACUGAGGAUAGUGCUCGACUUUAACGUUUUGUAGGAUUUUAUUAUAAAACGUAGACUUAAUUGAUAAGUAUUUUACGACCACACAAGACGAAUAUUUAGUUGAACGAAUGUAAUUUACCAGAAGCCUUUUUUUUGUUUUGUUUUUAUACACUGCAAUUUGUGCCUUGUUGAUAUUUUAUCUAGCCGUUCGUGUAACGUUCAUGUAAGACUAGCUGGCUUAAUUUUAACCUCUUUUUUACAGUUGCUGCAAUAUCUAGAAAAACAAAAAAAGAGAGAGGGACACCAUUCGCCUCCAGCUUUCUUUUCAGCGUUUUAAUCUUCGUGCUAAUGGUUGAGGAAAUGACAGACGUCCACCUAAACGGUUCGCAGAGGGUUCCGGAAGCGGAGGCGAGGAUGAGAGGCGAGGGAUUGAGCCUCUAAAACGGAGGAGAAUGAUUUCACGGUACAACAGGAGACCUGUAUCGCACAAACUUGAGAUUCGUGGCUUGUCUCGAAGCAGCCUCGACCACCACCCUCUUCCAGGAGAAGCAGACGACAACCAAACCCCUCAGCGCUACCUCCACGACCUGCAGGAAGCUUCCUCCACGCACAACAGCUCCGAGACGUCUGCGGCCUCAGGUCACUCUGACUGCCCCACUGUCAUCUCAGUGGACUCCAACCAGUCGUGGUCAGGUAUCCACAGCUCCACAGGUACCGGCAUCUCCACAGAGAGGAGCUCUGUUUUCUCCUGGGGCUACGAUGAGUUCGACAAGGCAGCGUCACGGCAGGUGCAGCAAAUGUUUGAGGAGAUUGACAAAGAGCUGUACGAGGGGAGAGGCAGCGGGGGAGGGAUUCUCCAGGGGCUGCAGGAUGAAUGCCAGCAGUGGGCCACGCGUUUCCCCCAUCUCAGGAUACUGGGUACUCAGCUGAUGUUUCCCAGUGAUGAGGGCUUCCAGUGGUAUGCGACUUCUGGGAAAGGCAGCCCGUCAGCACGCAAGGAAAGCGGUGUGAAGUCCCAGGAGAAGGACAAGGGUGGCACAGAUUUGAACGUGCAGGGUAGGAGAGCGGCGCUGAUCAAGUCCUCCUCAGCAGAUUUGGAUGGACAUCCCGGCACCUCCAGCGGUCAUGACAACCCGAGAGUGAUCGAAGCAGACGGUCUGAUAGAGGAAUACCUCGCGUUUGAUAGCAGGGACAUGGACGACGGGUUGGACCAGGACGGUUCGGAGUCGGCACGGAGGCAUCGCUGCCUGCCCCCCGUUUCACCGUACCGCUGUCGCCGUCAGGCUGUUCUCGACAUCCUGUUUGAUGACGUCUGGUGGCAGCUGGUCGGAUGGAUGAAAGAGCUGGUCCAGCGCCACUGGGAAUGCUGCACCUCGUCAGAUGAUGAAAAGAUUUCUGGGAGCCUGAGCCCCGUGCAGCAGGACUCCCAGAAUCCCUUCGCGCUGCUCUCGACGCUGCCCGCGAUGCUGCCCAAACUCAGCCAGAGCCGAGUGCCCCCGCUCACAACUGGCCUGCAGUUCCAGUGCUUCUGGUUCAUUAACUCGUAUCACUGUUUUCUUUCCUUCCCUCUUCACUUUCUUCCCUUCACCUCACCAAUGUGUUUUAUGUACCUUCUGUUUGUUCCCCCCGUUUGUCUUUUCUUCAUUCCUUUUUCUUAUAUAUUUUCCUCUGUCUUUAUUACUUUCUUCUUUUUUUGCCUACCAUCCUUCCUUCCUUCCUUCCUUUCUUCCACCUCCGCCGUCUUUCUUCGGACGUGUCUAUCCCAUCCCGCAAAGAGCACAAAGGCAAGGGGCUCGAAGCACAAGUCCAGGCGGAAAUCCAAAAAGCAGAAAAGGCCUUCCACUGCUGGAAGGGCUCCUGUAGGAGCAGCGGCGACCCAGCACAAUCUGAACGACCUCAUCGUGAUCCACAGCAUCCCCCUGCAGCAGAGGAACCUGGGAGUGCUGGACAGAAGCCAGGAGCCAGAAGAGCGGGCGUCUCACAGACCAGGGUCCAGCGUCGUCCCCUCCGGCAAACCUCGGCCACGGCGAGCGUUCGAGCAAAGCUCUUCCUCCCUGUCCCGCCCGGCGCAGUCGGCUCGACGCAGGAACCCCCCUCCCCGAACCCUCCUGCCGCUGGUUCCCAGCCUGAGUCAGUCCAGCGCCGUGGGAUCCAUGGACGAAGUCAUCCGCGGGACUCGCCUACCCACGGCCAGCGACCGACUGACUUCUCCCCUGUUGCCCCUGAGCAGGAACACGCUCCUUCCCCCCAUCAGCAGCGGGGACCCAGAGUCGUCCCACCCAGGGCAGACGUCCAAACCAGCACAGCGGCAGAAAGGCCCGUCCAGCCGCGCACACAGCGCUAUAAACGACGAGGCCGGCAGCUCAAUCCCGAGGGAUCGUCACCUCCUACUGGACGUCUUCUCUCGCCCCAACACCACUCACACGUACAGGUCAGAUACUCCGUACCGUCGUUCCUUCACAGUAUUGGACAACAUCGGGCAGGGGCGACCGGGGAGAGCCUCCGUGGCGGCAGACUCUCUUGGAAUCGGCGUGACCGGCAUCAGCCUUGGCAUCAGCAGCUCGUCUUUCUUGGACUCGUUUUCCCACCACCCCUUGGGACACUCGCCCAUCAAAGACGAGGAGGAGCCAGACCCGCAAGCCCCCGUCCCAGCUCCACUGGUGCCUCUGUCAGUCCCUCCGCGCUCCUACGCCCGGGGAGGCAUCUCAUCCAGAGCCAGCAGACCCGGCUUGUAGUUCGCCUCUGAUCUCCCAGACCCCUCAGCCAUUCAUCUUCACUCGGCACAAGGCGGUGCAACGACUCUGAACAGUUUUGUUUUACAGAGGUAGCAGAUUUUUUCACAUUAUGCUGCUUUGAUUGAUUAUGUUUUUUUUUUGUUUUUUUUUAUAGGCCUAUUUUUGUAUUUCAGAAAUCAGCUUAUGUGGCUGCCAAACACAAAUCAACAGUAAUUCCAUCUCCAUGUACGGUAUGAGCUGUAUGUGUGGACAUUUGUACUAUGUAUGAUCUGAUGGUGUAUAUAUCUAUUUAUAUGUGAACGUACUGUAUAUUUACCAGCUGCAGCAGAGGGGCUGGCGUCGUAUUCGCCUCGCGAGGUUGCGUUUUGUCUCUCGGCGGACAGAUUUACGAACACAGGAGCGUCGCAAACAUGCAAGAAACAGUCGUAAAAAAUUUUACAAGAGCGUAGCUGAGAUUGUAGCGAAGGCUCCGGGACGGGUGGGGAACAUCGACGUGGUGACGGGCAUCGCCAGCUGGUCCGCAGUAUAAAUCCCUCUGUGGUGUACUGGUAAAUGACUAUGCAGGGAAUAACGCAUCCACUCAGAUGAGGGUAAAAAAAGAUAAAAAAAAAGGCACUUUUUUCCUCCCUGAUGCCACAUCAGAGAGUUUGGUACUGUAUCAUUUAUAAGGACACAUUUAUCAUUAUCCAGGGCCUCUUAUUGCAUUAUCAUUGCACAUGGGAGCGAAGUCAAGCAGAUGCAGCAUGUCUGUGAAGAUUCUCAGUCAUCCAGGUCAUGGUGUAUCCAAAAAACAAAGCUGACGCAUUAACCUCGUGAAAUCCAAGCAUUUCUUUGAAAUGCAUCUUCAUUUCUUUAGAAUAAGAUUAAGAUCUUCAUGUAUUUGGGAUUAGUAGGACCUAAGAAGUACAAAAAAUAAGCAUCAUCUUUGAAUUGGAAAUAGUUUUUGAAAUAAACUAUGUGGACACAGGAAUUAUUUCAACGUAUAUUUCAAUUGAAGUCACCAAUGUGAACCAAAAUAUAAAACUUAAUGCAAAAGCAGAAUUGGAAAAGAUGAAAUCCCAAUGUCCUCAAAUGUGUACUUGUGAAUUUAUUAAAUUUGCAUGUCAUGUCAAAAAGUUAAUAUGCGUAAAUAAGCAAGUGUAUUGACCCUUAGCUGCCAGUAUGUGACAGACAACAGGUCUCAAUGAAGCAGGAAAAAGCGACCACAAACCUAAAACAUAAUGUCCCCAUAUGAGGACGCCAGGUCUCAGGAGGUUAAGCUGAGGACACAGUUUGCCUGAUUGUACCCGUGACUCCCAGUUGGGUCUCGUCUGCAUCUAGUUGGGGACGGACGGCACAAAAAUCUGUUAGUGUGUGAGGGGGGUGAAGAAACACAAAUCAGUAAGUGUGUGAGGGGAAACAAAACUCGACCCGGCCUCAGUCACAGUCGGUCAAACAUGUUUGAGUUUGUUUUAGCAGAAUCUGGACGCAGUCGGACAGUGUGAACUGAUUAAACAACCCAAAUGCAAACGUGUUGCCAACGUCCAAGGAAAAAGAGAGGGUGGGGCACAGGAAGUAGGACUAUCAAGAACAUCAGUGACAAACAGUAAGAGUGGAAGAGUUAACAAGUGUGUGACCUCUAGUCGUCAUACACAAAUCUGCUGAAACCAGUCUAUUAGUACUCCUGGUCUUUAAAAAAUUAGAAAAGACUAGGACUAGACGCCACCCAGGCUAAUCUGAACAAUUCCUCCAAUCACAGGUGGGUAUCGUUAACCAACCCUUACAACGUGAGCUUCAAGUUUGCGCCACCUACAGAUGCUUCCUGAUAAAGAUCUAAACUUAAAAUAGAUAAAACCUCUUGGAGUGGUGACACUUCUUUCCCAAGUCCUUUGUAAUAGCUUUGUUUUUUGGAUAAGAGAUGCCAGUAGUUUCUUGUAAAGCUCAUUUAAAAUCAUCAAACAUCAGAAACGUGGUGUAUUGUGCACGCUCAUUGUAAAUAUCUGAGGGGGAGGGGGGGUUACUCAUUAUGUGUGAACUGAAUACUGUACUGAAUGUGAUUUCUUCCCAUUUGUAUUUGAGCAAAGCCAAGUGGGGAUGAUCUGACCGGUAACACCAGGGUUACUGCACAAAGGGUAGUUUAUACGUUAAU